ACUGUACGUCAGUCAGUCAGUAACUCUUAGCUCGACGUGGUCAGAGUACGUUCAGUAUAAAUUAAAGCACACGACCCUCUUUCGAAUAACAUAACAAUGGCUCAAAUUACCGGAAAGUACGAGCACGUCAGCGACUCACCUGAAUUCGCCGAAUACGUUAAGCAGCUCGGUGCACCUGAGCCGAUCGCAACCGGACUGCUCAAGAGCAAACCAACCGUGACCAUCUCAGAAGCCGGUGGCGUUUGGACCAUCAACACCAAAAACGACGGAAAAGAAUCCAACUCGACGUUCAAACUUGGAGAACUAUACGACGAACCAACCACAUCGGGAGUCGUCUUCAAGAGCAUCACAAAACGCGAGGGCGACAAAUUCAUCAUUGAAUCCUCAUUCGAAGGCAAGAAGAGGGUCAGAGUUUACGAAUUCAAUGCCACCGGCUACGUCGUGCACCUGAAGGACGAGAGUUCCGGAGUAUCGGCCACCCGCACUUACAAGAGAGUUUAGAUGUAGAUAUGAUAAAGAUUCCUCAGCGAUCUCCUUGAAUUUCUGGCUUAUACUGGCUGACUCCGUCAGUUUAACUUUCAUCUAAAUCAAUCAAAAAACAAAGAUAUACGUUUUUCUUGUCAGAACAAUCUGAAUAAAUCGAAUUUCUUCCA